AACAUCCCGUAUAGGCUGCUAAAGCCCGUAUCACAAUGUCGGCCACGUUGAAACCGUACCUGAGUGCAGUGCGAGCAACCCUAGAGGCCGCAAUGUGCCUCGAAAACUUCAAUUCUCAGAUUGUGGAGCGUCACAACAAGCCUGAAGUAGAGAUUCGCAGCAACAAGGAGGUGCUUCUGUCUCCUGUCGUGGUCAGCCGAAACGAGAAGGAGCGCGUUCUUAUUGAAGGCUCUGUCAACUCUCUACGAAUCAGUAUCGGUAUCAAACAGGCCGACGAAAUCGAGAAGAUUCUCUGUCACAAGUUUAUGCGUUUCAUGAUGAUGAGAGCUGAGAAUUUCGUCGUGUUGAGACGCAAAGCGGUAGAAGGGUACGACAUCAGCUUCCUCGUCACCAACUUUCACACCGAGCAGAUGUUCAAGCACAAGCUGGUCGAUUUCAUAAUUCAGUUUAUGGAAGAUAUAGACAAGGAGAUCAGCGAAAUGAAGUUGGCUGUCAAUGCGAGGGCUCGCAUCUGUGCUGAGGAAUUUCUCAAGAAAUUCUGAUUUUUCUUUGGAAUGUUGGUGUUGUCCACGUGGUCUGACACGUGUCGGUCAUGGGCAUGAGUAUGGUGUUGUAGACGGAAACUUUUCUCUUUUUUAGUAUGUUGAUGUCUGGAUUAAAUUUGGGUAGUAGUAUAGUGGGUACUGUAAGUGUCUCUUAAUUAAUGAAUGCUAUGAAUUCAA